GUGGCAGCACUCUCAAAUUGAUCCUCUCAGGUUCGUUCAUUCGGGGCUCCUUUUUCUCCAAAUUCAUUUUCUUUUCAAUCCUACGCUCUUCAAUUUCAAUUCCCUUUUCCCAUUUUAGACAUCGUCUCCGUAAUUGUCCUAAACUUCAAAUCCAAUUGUGCGUCUUCGCCGCCGGUAAGCUUUCCUCCGUGUCUCCGACAGGAGCCUUUCCGGCGGCAACGUUCACAAAUUUGUGGGUUUUAAGAAACUAUUCUGUUGAAGGAAAUUAAAAUUUAGUGAAUAGGAAAUAAGGUGUGUGAAAAGAAGAAAAAUGGCAGAACUGAGUUUGGGAAUUAUAAUUGAUAUUGUUGAUGAGGAAUGGAUGAGAGACACCCUCCCUGAUGAUGAUCUUCCACUGCCUCCAACUCUGGUUGUUCGAACCGAUGAUACUGAGGAUUCAAAUCAAGAGCCGCAACAAGUUGAUGUGGAUGCUUGGCAUGAUCUUGCCUUGGGCCAAGAAUAAAAGUUUCAUUAAUUAGUGUUUUGCUCAGUAGUGAGUUGAGGAUGGUACUUCCUGGUCCUGUACCAUGCAUCUUCUUAUGUCCCUGAUAGAUUGUGAUAUACUCAAGUUGAUCGACCUGUUAAUGUGAUAUUUAAGGAAUUUGGGUGUCAUUGCUUAGUGCUUGCUGCAUGAAACCACACUUUGAUUUUUUGUUUUAAGGAUUAAGCAAGUUCAGGACAAUCUC